AUCUUAGCAACUUCCAAAAAAAAUUCGUUACAAUAGUACAACACCAAGAAAAUUACACAAUGUCACAAACAUAUUCAAUGCUCGAGUUUACAAAGGAGAAUCUUAACUAUUGGCUACUAGAUCACCCAUCAAUUGUUUCAUUCCGGUGGAGUCCUGCCCUAUCAUGGGGAGCCACAUGGUGGUUUCUCAUCUCCGCCAUAUUCUUUUACAUCUCCAUCACGGUAACUAUCCACGUCAUCCUUAAACUAUGUCGGAGACUGCGCCCUGUACCUUUAGGUCCAUUACCAGCAAUUCAUAGUCUCUCCAUGUCAUUAAUCUCCCUAACAAUAUUUUUCGGCAUGUUUUUCUCUGCUGAAGCUGAGGUUCGGGACACUCGUUGGCUUUGGAAACGAACCCGAACCACACCAUUCGAAUGGUUACUAUGUUUCCCAUUGGGCAUUCGUCCAUCGGGUCGUGUUUUCUUUUGGUCAUAUGCUUUUUAUCUCUCUCGUUAUCUUCACAUGAUUAGGACAAUUUUCAUUGUUUUGACCGAAAGAAAAUUGUCGUUUUUUAGAUUAUUUAACAACUCGAUUAUUCUCAUAAUGUCAUAUUUAUGGCUGGAGUUUUCACAAUCGCUUCAAGUGUUGGCUAUAUUGUUCUCUACGUUGGUUUGUUCAGUGGUUUAUGGGUACCGAUUUUGGACACAAAUUGGGUUACCUAGUAAAACAUUUAAAUUUUCAGGGAAUUUUCAUAUGGUGUUGUUUGGUUGCAAUUUGGCGUGCCAUGUUGGAGUACUUUUGUUGCAUUAUUCUAGAGGAGGAUGUAAUGGAAUUGGAGCAUGGGUUUUUAAUUCUUUUUUAAAUGUUUUAAUUCUUUGGCAUUUCUUGAAGUCGUAUGUUGAUACGAACUGUCAAAGGAAGGAUGCUUCUUCCAAAAGAGAGGAUGACUCUGCUAAGGGUACUUCAGCACAUGAUAAUUAACAAUAUGCUAAGUCAAAGCCAGAGAAAUUUGACAAUUAGAAGAAUUUUCAAUAAUAUCAUUUGAGGAGAGGGAGGUUCUUUGUUGCUUCCCUUUUUCUCGAUAUUUUAUUUUUAUUCCUACCUUACUCUUUUAAUUUAUUUAGGGUCGCCGAUGACUCCCCGGAUUAACAUGUAUUUUAGUGUUGUAGAGAGUCUUUUUGUCAUUUUAAUUUAGGAUUUUAGAAGAUUUUAUUUUAUUUAUUGAUAAAUCAAUGGUUAAAGGAAUAAUAAAAUCCAGAAGUAAAUAUGAA